GUUAGCUGCAUGAACGUGUUGAAUUAGCUGGAAAACGACAGUCGCAGCACAGAUAGUGAUUUAUUUUGUAAUAAAGCAACAAUGUCUUCAGCUGAGUAUCUGAGAGAGUUUGUUAAUGAGAGACUAACUGCUGCUGCUCAAGAAAUAUUCGGAGUUUUUCAUAAAACUAUCGUCAAGUAUGAAGAAGAGAUCGACCGUCAGAGGAGGCUGUUGGAUGUCGUUUGGAAACCUGAAAUAAGGCUGAACAGGAUAGAGCUCCCACAGCAACAUGUCUGUAAGGAGGGGGAGGUUCUCUCUGAGCAGCAGCUCUGUAUUCAGGAGAGGAACUCCAGUGUGGACCAAGAGGAGCCAGAGCCUCCACAGAUUAAAGAGGAAGAGGAGGAACUCUGCACCAGUCAGGAGGGAGAGCAGCUUGUACUGAAGCAGGAGACUGAUGCCUCCAUGUUGACUCCUACUCAUGAGGAAAGAGACCACAGUGAAGAUCAGACUCUGAACUUCAGUCCUGAUGACACUCUGAGUACAGCAGACGAAGAGUCUGUAGGGAACAUGCCAGUUAUAAACUCUGUGCGAUCAGAAGCACACAGUUACCACCCGCUCCUCUCUCACAACUCUCCUGAAGCUGAGAGCCAAGAUCAGAGAGGAGACAAACAUGGAGACUCAGGAGCAACUAGAAAUGCAGAACCAAAACCAAAGAGAAGUCGUCGCAAAAGCAGAAGACAAGACCACACUGUAAACAACUCGGACUCAUCAGAGAUCCACCGUGAUACCGACACAGGUGAGAAGUCUUUCAAAUGUGAAAAAUGUGGGAAAGACUUUAAGUUUCCAUCACUUUUGUGGAAACACGCGAGAGUCCACACAGGUGAGAAGCCGUGCCUUUGCAAGACCUGUGGGAAAAGAUUCUGUGACAUGGCGGUUUUGAAAAGACACGAAAGGAUCCACACAGGUGAGAAGCCAUAUACUUGUAAAACAUGUGGGAAAGAUUUCAGACUUAAUAGUGACUUGUUGGUCCAUGUGAGAACCCACACUGGAGAGAAGCCGUUCUCCUGCAAAACAUGCGGGAAAGAUUUCCCCUACAAUAGCGAGUUAAAAAUCCACACGAGAGUCCACACAGGUGAGAAACCAUAUUCUUGUAAAACAUGUGGAAAAGGGUUCAGACGUCGUGACGGCUUGCUGAUCCACACGAGAAUCCACACAGGUGAGAGGCCGUUUAUUUGUAAAACAUGUGGGAAAGAUUUCAAACUUAAACAUGAGUUAACAAUCCACAUGAGAAGAGCCCACACCGAUGAGAAGCCGUACCUUUGCAACACCUGCGGGAAAAGGUUCUAUGAGACGUCGGUAUUAAACAGGCAUUUGAGAAUCCACACAGGUGAGAAGCCUUACACUUGUAUAACAUGUGGGAAAGAUUUCAGAUGGAACUAUGCAUUAACAGUCCACAUGAAAAGAGCCCACACUGAUAAGAACUCACACAAGUGAAGAGACACAUAAUGGCAGCAUUUAAAGGUAAAGUUUUACUCAAAUCACAUACUUGAAAGAAAUACCAGAGGACCAACAUACGAAGGAGAAACCAUUGAGCUGAAACUCCUGUGGAGACGUGUUCACUUACUGAAUGAAACACUCAUGUGCAGGUGUUGCAUCUCUGUAACAGAAUAUAAAUUGCUUUAAAUAAAUAUGAGAUGAUAUUAUCUUGCUGUAAAGUUUCCCUUCACAUGACUACAUUGCUUUUAUUUCCGUUUGGUAAGUGUUUUAUUUGAAACAACUGUAAUCUACCAAAUAACGGUAAAUGUUAGUUUCACAGUGAGUGCGCAGACUUUAGACUGAUGACGUGACAGCAUUUGCCAGGUGUCAGAUUUGUUUUUACAUGUAGUUACUGUUAAUAAAUUCCUUGUAUUUAAAA